AUGAUUUGUUUAGAUUGUUUACAAGGCAAAAUUGAUGAAAGAUACAAAUCACUAUGUGUACGUCAUGGUAUUGAUUUAAUUUCUGUUUUGUAUAUUUUCAGGGGUCCUUUUGUUUUGGCUAUGGGUAAGAGUUGGUGCCCUGAACAUUUUGUUUGUGCCAAUCCUCGUUGUGGCUGUAAAUUGAUUGAUGUGGGAUUUGUUGAGGAAGGUGGACAUUUAUAUUGUGAGCAGGAUUACGCUCAACACUUUGCACCAAAAUGCCACAAAUGUACUAGAGCUAUUGUAGGGGAAUGUGUAAAUGCCCUGUCUCAACAAUGGCAUCCAGAAUGUUUCCUGUGUGGUAAAUGCCAUCAACCAAUUGGUGGAACACAGUUUCAUAUUGAGGAGGGUAAACCUUACUGUGAGAAAGAUUGGGGAGCUAUGUUCCAAACUAUGUGUGCUGGAUGUGAAUUUCCUAUUGAACCUGGAGACAGAUGGGUUGAAGCUAUGAGUAAAAACUUUCACUCAGAGUGUUUCUAUUGUAUGACUUGUCAAGUAAGUUUAGAAGGACAACCUUUCUACUGUAAGAGUGGUAAACCAUUCUGUAAAAAACACGCUCGAUAA